UGCGACCCAGCCGUGCUUCGCUGGCGCCCUGGUGGUCGCUCCCACCUCGGCUAAAGGCCUCGUGGGGUGCGCUGGAGGAUGCAGGAGCGAAAUCUUACUGCUGGCAUGAGAUUUGCAGAGGCAGCUCUUCUCUGUCGCGCGUGGCCCCCGCGCCUGACAAUGCCCCGACGGAUGUGGCAAUGGAGGGCAGGGGCCCGGAGCUGGUGAAGGCUUCAGAGUCUGAGCAUCUCUUGGAGGUGAGUGACUUGGUGGAUCCCAGGCAGUUGGCCAAAUACCUCAUCGAAGCCGAUGUGGGCUUGGUGCGCGCCCAGUAUUUGUGGCAACUGCACCGGGAAGGUGGUAGCCUGCCACGAAGGCAGGAGCUGGAUGGGGUCCGCUUCCCCUUGGCGGACCGCGAGCACGAUUGCCUGGUGCGCUCAGAUGAGUUGAGGCACUGGGCAGAAGAUGACAGUCCUCAGCGGCCGCAGAUUUUUGCCAUUUCCCACUGCUGGGAGAGCCGGGAACAUCCUGACCCCUGUGGAUAUCAGCUGGGCCUCAUCCAUGACUACACCAGAAAACACGAUCACGCCUUUGAUUGUGAGAUGUGGGUCUUCUAUGAUUACUGCUCCUUGUGUCAGUACCAGCGAAAUCAACAGCAGGAACAGUCUUUCCGCCGGGCGAUGCAGCAGAUGCACAUGUUGUAUGCCCACAACAGCACCACCACGCUGCGGAUUGAGACUUUGACGCCCGAGCCUCAGCUGCAACGCUGCCGAAGUGAAGGCCGGCAGAUCUGGGCUUUUGUGGCUGGGCAACUGCAGCUGGUCUCCCUGAAGGAUCUGAGAUUUGAAGAUGAUCAUCCUGAUGUCGUGCCGUGUUUCAACCCGGAGUGUCCUUACCUCCAUGGCUAUGCCAUUCCCUACCGCCAGCGCGGCUGGUGUGAAGCUGAAGCUCAGUGGUCCGCCAUGCGCGGCCGCAGCCACAGCUCUGUUCGGAUCGAUGUGGACAUGGAGGGUAGGACCGGUAGGAGCUAUCAGGUGAAAGCUCCUAUGCCUCCCGAGCUCUUCCGCCAGCGGAUCUUCUCCAGCGAGGGGCUAAAGUUCACCUGGCGCAGCGAUUUGAUGCAGGUGGUGGCGCUACAAGAGGAAGUUUUCCGGGAGAAGGCCAAAAGCUGCGAGGAAUUGCUUCAGAAGGGCCUCCCAGAUGAAGAGUUCAUGACUUUGGCAGUGGCCUUGCGCUGCUUCACUAAGCUGCGGGUCUUACAUUUGAGGAAGUGUCAGAUCCGAGAGCGGGGGUCUGAUGCCCUGGCCAAGGGCCUGCAGACCCUGAGUGCCAAGAAUGCCAAGAUCAUUUGCAGCGACAUCGAUGGCCUCAGUUUCCUCGUCAAGGCCUUGUCCCAGGCUCUUCGAUCCAAUCGGGCCGUGACCUGCCUGGACCUCUCGGCACAGAGCUUCUCCCAGGGGACGGUGCAGAAGAUGGGAGAUGCUGAUACCAAGGAGCUCGCGGAGGCAUUGAAAUUUGGGGCCAUUGUGGAGCUGAAUUUGGCUGGCAAUGAUAUUGGCCCGGAGGGUACCAAGGCCAUAGCUGCAGCCCUUAAGACACCCAGCUGCGCUGUGCUCGACCUCAACCUGGAGGGGAACUGCAUGGGCCCGGAGGGGGCUGAGGCCCUCCUCGAAGCCCUGGAGGUGAACCGCAGCGUGCACAUUGGCUACGCGGGCAAUGGCCUCGAAGCCCAACAUAUGGAGGCUUUGAGGGAAGCCCUGGAGCGCAACAGAGCCAUGAGAACCACACAUGACUGCAAGGCGCUGCUGGGCAGCCAGAGUGAUAUUGGGCUCGGUAAUGGGCUGAGCAGCACAGGUGCCGUCCUGAAGGCACCGCUGAAGCGGAGCACUUCCUCAAAGGUGCGGGACAUGGUGCAAGUGCGCCCAAAGAUUCAGGCCAUGUCCGAGUCCUUGAGGAUGAACAGCACCAGCACCCACCUCCACUUGAAAUGGGCCAUGGACGAUGUAGCUGCCAAGGAGCUGGCCGCAUCUCUGGCGGUGAACAGCACAGUGACCCAUGUGGAUUUGGGUGGGAAUAAGAUCGGCGAUGAUGGAGCGCAGGCGCUGGCCAGCGCCAUGUUGGUGAACAGAACCGUGGUUUUCAUUGACCUCUCGGGAAAUCAGAUUGGGGACCUCGGUGCCAAGGCCUUGGCAAAAGCUUUGCGAGAGAACAGCACCAUCAAGCAGAUCAAUCUGAAGAACAACAAGAUCGGCCCCAAGGGUCGCAAGGCCCUGCAGGUGUUGCAGCUUGAGCCCACUGAGCCGCGGACUCUCGUUUGAGAUCUACCUGCGUAGUCCAACUGGGCUUCAGGGCCUCAGGGUGGCCGGAACGAGCUGCUUUGGAGGUUUUUUUUUACUGGCCGCCAGAUGGGUUGUGAACAGCGAACAUCCCAGUGAACAUCUAAAGGAUGUGCCCCGCCGUUGCGGGUCAGUGCUGGGGAUGCUGCGUUCCUUCCCUAUCCUUUUUUGCAUCCCAGGGUGCCGAUCUGGAUGGUUUUGGGCCAAUGAAAA